AUGGAGGAGAGCCGGCUGGAGAGGAGCAACCACACCGCGUUCAUCCGCCGCGACGCGCUGUACGUGUGGGGAGGCUACCAGGUGGUCGCAGGACAAGAUGUCAUGCUGCCCGGAGAUGAGAUAUGGCUCUGCGAUCUGGACAGCGGGACGUGGCAGCGGAGGGAGAUCACCGGAGACGUUCCUCAGGAUUUAGAUGGUUUUUGUGGCGCGAACAUCGACGAAACUCUUUACAUCUUCGGAGGACGAGACGCCGUCGGAUACAGCAACCAGAUGUUCACGGUCGACCUGUCGGAGGUUUGCUGCUCGUGGAGGAGAGUCACCGACACCAAAGGAACGACGCCGUCGCCUCGAAACAAGCACUCGUGCUGGGUACACAGAGAUCGGUUGAUCUACUUCGGCGGAUACGGAUGUAAAACCAUCGGGGAGGUUCGGAACACCACGUCGUCCAGCUUCGUUGUGGAUGAGAUGUCCUGGACAACAAUUGGAGACACGUUGUUUCGGUGUUGGGGCUGGAACAACGAGGUCAACGUGUUCGACACCAACACGCUGACGUGGAGCCAACCGGAGACCAGAGGUCGUGCUCCGGCGCCGAGAGGCUGCCACGCCGGCGCCCUGCUGGGAAACAAAGGCUUCGUCAGCGGCGGAGCGGAAACGGCGCAGCUGGACUUGUUCUGCUUGGACCUGGAAACCUGGACGUGGACGCAAAUCGACUUCUCGUCUUGUGCUCCUCUGGGCCGAUCCAUGCACACCAUGACGCCCACGUCGGACCAAACUCUGCUCGUAUACGGAGGUUUGGGCACAAACGGAAAGACUCUCAAUGACGCCUGGCAGUUCAACACAGAGAACAGAGAAUGGACCCAAGUGACGCAUUCACACAAAGACAAGCCCAGGGUUUGUCACUCGGCCUGUCUGGGAUCAGACGGUGACGUGGUGGUGUUCGGAGGCAGCAGCAACCUCUGCAUCCUCAUCGACUCAGUGGCUGUUCUGAGGCUUCCAUCGCAGCAUCACUGCAGAGACGUGUUCAUGGUCCAGACUCAGCCUCAUCCUCUCUUCAGACUGUGUGAGGAUUUCAUAGGAGGAAACCCGGAGCUGUUCAGGCAGAAGCUCUGUCGGCUGCCGAAGAAGCUGCACAGCAAAAUCACCAAGAGAGUCGCCUUUUUCUCUGCCGUGAAGGUCGGCCUUAAGUCCUGAACAGGACCGCUUUUAUCUUUAGACGCACAAAGAUUCUGAGCCAGUCAAGUCUUUACAGAACUGUUUUGUUUGACUUUUUAAAAGAGAAGGUGCUAAAGUUUCCUUGUUUUAAGUUGAACGUAAUUUUGUACAAAAAGCUUUUGUCUGAUUUUAAACAUCCGGUUUAGAUUCAGUGAAAUUUUACUUCAUUUAGUGAUUUUUUGAUGAUGUGCAAUUUGUGUUGUUGAUGAAUAAAGGUAUUAAUGGUGCUGUA